ACCUUUGUGUGUCGCGCCUCGGAAUGCGGAGGUGCGUUUGUUUUGAUCCGGACGGAGAAUCGGUUUGACAGAAGGCUGAGGUUCGCGGCCAUGGCAGUGAGCGCCGUCCACCUGGAGUCGGACGCCUUCCUGGUGUGCAUGAACCACGCGCUGAGCACGGAGAAGGAGGAGGUGAUGGGGCUGUGCAUCGGGGAGGUGGAGGUCUCGCGCAUCGUCCACAUCCACUCCGUCAUCAUCCUCCGCCGCUCGGACAAGAGGAAGGACCGGGUGGAGAUCUCCCCGGAGCAGCUGUCCGCGGCCUCCACGGAGGCGGAGCGGCUGGCGGACACCACCGGCCGCCCGAUGCGCGUGGUGGGCUGGUACCACUCCCACCCGCACAUCACCGUGUGGCCGUCGCACGUCGACGUGCGCACGCAGGCCAUGUACCAGAUGCUGGACCAGUGCUUCGUGGGCCUCAUCUUCUCCUGCUUCAUCGAGGACAAGAACACGAAGACGGGCCGCGUGCUGUACACCUGCUUCCAGUCCGUGCAGGCGCAGAAGGGCUCCGAGUACGAGCGCGUGGAGAUCCCGGUCCACGUCGUCCCCCGCGACGCCAUCGGCAAGGUGUGCCUGGAGUCCGCCGUGGAGCUGCCGCGGAUCCUGUGCCAGGAGGAGCAGGACACCUACCGCAAGAUCCACAGCCUGGCGCACCUGGACCCGGUCACCAAGAUCCACAACGGCUCGGUCUUCACCAAGAACCUGUGCAGCCAGAUGUCGGCGGUGAGCGGCCCGCUGCUGCAGUGGCUGGAGGACCGGCUGGAGCAGAACCGGCAGAGCAUCGUGGACCUGCAGCGGGAGAAGGAGAGGCUGGAGCGGGAGCUGGCCGCUCUGUGAGUCCGCUGCAGGGCUCCUCUGGAGGACCGGCCGGGGGAGGACCAGCAGGACCAGCGGGACGUCGUGGACCUGCAGCUGGACCACAUUCUGCCUCUGCCUUCUGUUGAUCUCUUUGUACAAACUGAAUGUGAACUGUGAAAUCCAGAGCUGGAAAUCCAGAUUAAAACCUUGAUUCACUGAAUGGAGUUCACUUUUUUCUAGAUCUCGUUUAAAGACCUUCAGGACCAGCCUGGCUUUCACACUCUUCUCCUCAAAGUUGCACUUUGAGAAAAUUCACAAUCUGGCCUUAAUCUUCAAACGGGAGUUAUUUUGGUGAUGAUUAGAGGGUAAUUUACACGUGUUUCACUGCUCUCAGCUUUAAGACAGAGGGAAUGAUUUCAAAUGAACUGUACAGUUUGUGCUGUUGUCACAGUGAUUCUGACUCCUCUGAGUCUGUGAAGCUUUCAGGCCUCAGAUCAUAACAGAUGUUCUGGAGGUGGAUUUCCUCAUGUUUAAUCAGCUCAGCAGCCCUCAAGAACUAGUGUUUUGUUUUAUGGACUGAGCUGAGGUGGAAUAAUCUGAUUUAAACAGAAAUACAAACAUGUUUAGAGCUGAAUGUAAAA